GUGAUAUGAUGCCUUGGGCUGGCCCCUCCGCGGGGAGGGGGCUUCAGCGGUGGGCGUCGGGGUGCAAGGGAGCUUCCUAACGAGCUCUUGAACCCAGGAAAGCCCUCUCAGCACUUUGUAUUCAAAACAAUGUUUUGUGAAAAGUUUUCUUUUUAAACAAUAGGUUGUUUUUGACAGCUUUUAGUGAAUAGUGAAGUCACCUUGUAUUUGUAAUUGUUUUGUUUGAAAAAAGUACUUCGUGUUUCAGGUUUUGUUUUCAUUUAAAAGCUUCCGGUAAGCUUCCUCCUGUUAGCUUUUGUAGCAGUUGAACUGCUGUAAUGAGAGAUUCCCAAGGGAUUUCUGGGGGCUUUUUCUUGUUAUUAGUGAGGGUAAGUGUGUGGCAGUGGCUUCCUGUUGAAGGUAAAUAUGUAAUGGACUACUGUUUCUAAAAGCAUAAACCUUUCAUGGGGCGCGACCUGGAAGCAGCCUGCGCGUUAGUGUAGUGAAAACCCAAUGCCCUCGUUGUUCCUGCUCAAGGUGGGUUUGUGGAAGAUGAGCUGUGCUGCGUGCAGCUCAGACUGCCCUCCCCAAUGGUGCUGUUGGAUGGGUUAAACCGUUUCCCCUUCCGUACGAAUGGAGCAGGAGUGUUGGAUAUAAUAGCUAACAAGUCCUUUGGAGGAAUCACAUGCAGCUUGGUGCUGGCCUCCUGUGGUUUUCCUGCUUCCUGAGGAACCUUGAAGAUGUAGUUUUGGGAAGAGGAGGCUUUGUGGUUACACCUGUGAGGAAUAAUGUUACCAACAUGUCUGUGCAGUCCCUGCUUUGUGAAAGAAUUACUGUUGCCAAAGAAUUAAUCAAGAGAGCUGAAGCCCUUUGCAAGUCCCAGAAAGGGAAUAUACAAGGUGGGGCAAAACUGUGCAGCAAACUGAAGGCUGAGUUAAAUUUCUUACGCAAGGUGGAGGCAGGGAAGGUGGCCAUUAAGGAAUCCCAUCUGCAGAGUACAAACCUUACCCACCUCCAAGCAAUUAUUCAAUCAGCAGAGAACCUGGAGGAUGUUGUCAGUGUCCUCCAUGUUUUUGCUUACGAGGACAGGUUUGGCGACAAACAGACACUGGUGGUAGAUGUUGUUGCAAAUGGAGGUCACACAUGGGUGAAGGCCAUCGGUCGGAAGGCUGAGGCCCUACAUAACAUCUGGCUGGGAAGGGGCCAGUAUGGUGACAAAAGCAUCAUUGAGCAGGCGGAGGACUUCCUACGAGCAAGCUGUCAGCAGCCAGUGGAGUACAGCAAUCCCCACAUAAUCUUUGCAUUCUACAACAGCGUGUCCAGUCCUAUGGCAGAGAGACUCAAGGAGAUGGGAAUAUCUGUGCGGGGAGACAUUGUUGCUGUGAACUCACUGGUAGAGCCAUCUACAGAAAACCAACACCAAAGUGCCAGCGAAUCAGAUGAAGAAGGUCCUGAACUCCUGCAGGUGACCAGAGUAGACCGGGAGAAUUUAGUGGCCAGUGCUGCUUUUCCCACCCAGAUCAAAGUGAAUGUGUGCAAUAGAGUUAACCUGGACAUCACUACCUUAAUUACCUAUGUCUCUGCUCUGAGCUACGGUGACUGCUACUUCAUCUUCAAGGAAAAAGUGCUAACGGAGCAAGCAGCUCAAGAAAGGAGGGAGAGAGUUCUGCCUCAGCUGGACGAGUUCAUGGAGGGGAAAGAGCUCUUUGCCUGUGAAUCUGCUGUCAGAGAUUUUCAGUCCAUCUUGCAAACCCUCGGAGGACCUGGGGAGAAAGAACGAGCUGCAUUGCUUAUUGAAAGAAUUAACGUGGUGCCAGAUCAACCAUCCGAUCGUGCCUUGGGACUAGUGGCAAGUUCAAAAAUUAACAGCCGUUCUCUAACCAUCUUUGGUACAGGAGACUCUUUAAAAGCCAUCACCAUGACUGCAAAUAGUGGUUUUGUGAGGGCAGCAGCUAACCAAGGUGUCAAAUUCAGUGUUUUUAUCCAUCAGCCAAGAGCACUGACAGAAAGCAAAGAAUCUGUUGCUACACCUUUACCAAAGAGCUGCCCACCAGAUAAUGGAUUUUAAGUCAUUUAAUGAGUUAGUCAUUGGAAUAAUCUGUUCUGGAGGAUGUUUUUCCUCUAUGGUAGCUUGUGGCAGAUGCUGCGAUGGAGGCUUUUGGAGAAAUACAAGAGUCAUAACAAUACAUUUUUGGGAGGUAUUUCAGUGAAAAUAGUAACUGUAGCAGUGGAAGAGUUCCUCAAGGGACUUGCAAUAUCUUUACUCAACUCUUGUCUUUUUGUUCAGCUGACCUACAGUAAUUUAUUCACUAAGGUAAAAAGUUUUCAUUGAAAAUUGUUAACUGUCUUGCAAUACAUUGUAUCCAUCCCUAUUAAAAAGUUCAGUUGAAGCACA